AGUUCUUACUUAUUCUAUGGCGGAUUCAAACAGAGCACCGAGGCAGAGCGUGUAGCGUUAGAUCUCUGCCGCAAAAAUCACAUCAAAAGCGCUCUUUUUAAGACAGCAUGCCGCACGUGAACGGCGGUGGUGGUGACGAUUUAGCGUCAACAGAUGAGGUUAAAGUUUAUAAAGAUGAAGGUGAAGAUGAGACAAGAGAGAACUUGUCAGAAGAUAAACUUGGCCUUGUCACCGAGACUGAAGAGGAGAAGAAUGCAGAUAUUGGCGGUAAUUAUGAAGGCAAGUCUCAGAAUGCCUCAUCUGAUGGAUCAAAGAACGACGCCGCCAUCAACGAACGUCUUUUUGGUAUAGCUGGAUUUCCGCUAGUCACUCCUUAUCCGCCUGGAUAUCCACCCGGUUUGCGACAACACCUGGCUUUGUCGUCUACGGCGCUGUCAACAAGGCACACGACGCCCUGCCGCAAAGCAGAUGAGCUGACGGCUGCAGGAAACGUCGGCGUCACAAAGGGACUGUCCAAGGCCGAUUAG